UUUGCGUUGCUUUGCUGCAUUGCAAGAUGACGCUGGUUUCUGCAACAUUUCUGUUGUUGCACACUUCAACAUGCAACAACUGAUGAUAAUACAGGGAAUUCUGGAAUAGCAAAUCUGCUGACAGCAGCAUGGACAACAAAAAGAAGUUGCCUCAUUUGGUCAGGGUUGAACACCCAUCUGAAAGGUAUCAUAAGAAGAAACACGGAUCACAAGUUGAGCAGGAGCAAAUUCAGAAGAGAACCUUCACCAACUGGAUCAAUGCCCAGCUGUCUAAGAGGAGUCCUCCAGUUACUGUGGUGGAUCUUUUCAAUGAAUUCAGAGAUGGAAGCAGACUUUUGGACCUGCUGGAGGUGUCGAGUGGUCAGAGAAUGAGCCGGGAAAAAGGAAGGGGGACAUUUCAGCACAGAACAAACAUUGAGAAAGGUCUAGCGUUCCUUAAGAGGAAAUCGAUCAAGCUGGUCAACAUCAAUGUCUCAGACAUUAUGGACGGGAAACCUUCCAUCAUUCUGGGUCUCGUCUGGACCAUCAUCAUGCACAUUCAUAUCGAAGAGUUGGCCAGCACAUUGAACUUUAGUUCUCGUCAGUCGUCUCUGGAGUCACUGGCGAGUUUGGACACUCGUUCGACCAGCAGCAGUGCCCGCAGCAGUCCAGUGCCACCCCGUGGUUCACCCCUGCACACCCGUUUCCGCGUAUCUGCCAAGAAAGCCCUGCUGCUGUGGGUCAGAGAGCAGUGCCAGAGGGCUGGUUGUACUCUGAAUGUGAAGGAUUUUAAGGCGAGCUGGAGGAGUGGUGUAGUGUUUUUGGCGAUACUUCAUGCUCUAAGACCGAAUAUAGUGGACCUAACCAGAGCCCGAACAAGAACGAACAGACAGAACCUGGAGGAAGCCUUCCACAUUGCUGAAAGAGAACUUCACAUCCCCAGACUACUAGAUCCAGCCGAUGUUGAUGUUAGGGAUCCUGAUGAAAAAUCUAUUAUGACUUAUGUUGCUCAGUUCCUGCAGUACUCUAAAGAUACUUCUGUUUCUGAUGAGGAAAUGCAGUAUCUCACUCCUCCUCAGUGCCUCUCUCCUGUCAAUCUGCCAUCAGACUUUACUCCUUCUAUAGCUGCGUCACCUUUAAGACAGACCUCAGCCAAUCAGAAGGCUCAAGAGGUCACAUGCUGGUUGGAUCAGGCCUAUCAGGAGCUGAUAGAGGGGUGGGACUCCACUGAAGGAGAGAGCUAUGCUGAGAGAUACCAAGUCUUCCACACCUUCAUUGUGUCCUUUAACGAACAGCGGAGGCCUGUAAUGCCGUUGCUAACAGCGAUGAAGAGGACUCCUCAUCUCAGUGCAGAGCAGAAAGCUCUCAGACGAGCAUGGGAUGCUCUCGCUGAGAAGCUGCGUGAGUAUAAAACAGAGCUAGACCUGAGUCUCCCACCCCCACUGGACACCGUAGGGCGCUGGUUAUUGCGUAUUGAAGAGGUUUUAUCUGCUGAAGAAGGUGAGCCAAUAGAUCAUGCCCGAGCCGCAGAGGAGGCCCGGGAGAAACUCGAGCUACUAAAGGUGUGUUUGGAGGAGAUGCCACAUCAUAUCAAGAGGUUUAAUAUGUUUCAAAACACAAAUGAGUUUGGAGAGACUCUGGUGCCGACAGACAAGAUGGAAGAGAUGAAGAGAAGGUUCACUGGUGUCCGUGUAACAGCUAAAUAUCAUGGUAUUAAGCUGGAGUACCAUGAGUGCAGACACACAGUGUUAGACCUGCUGAAUCAACUCAACAUUAAACUGCGAUCUUGGAAAAGAGCCUACAUUUCCCAGGAGGCUGUUCGUGUGCUAAUGCAGGACUGGAAUGAGACUGUGAACAAACAGGAACUGACUUCUUUGCUGGAUGGAGCCCUCCAUAGACUCAAACUAAUCGCCAACAAAUACACCAGCAAGGCUGCCUUGGCUGGAGACUCGACUCAGGUAAAUCAUCAGGUGGCUGAUCUGGAAGCAGAUGUGACAGUGACUCUGGAGGGUGUACGGAUGGUGAGGGGUACUAUGGGCCGUGUUUUGGCAGCAUGGGACUCUUACAGUGAUAUCUACACCUCAUUGCGCGCAUGGCUGGAGCAGGGUCCACAUGGCCAGCGACACAGACAGAGAACAGAGGUGACAUUAUCAGUAAUGUCAGAGUGGAGUUCUCGCCAAGCUCACCUGAAUGAGGUGGCCAACUACUUGACAGAGGUCACAGACCCACAGACUAGCCGCGCUAUUUCAGAUGAACUCUGCAAGAUAAAUCUGCUCUGGGCUGACUUUGCCAAAAUAGCCCAAUUUUCUUUAGCUGAGGAGCCCAGUGCUGGCCCAUCUAGUGCUCAGACAGUUCAGUCUCUGAUAAGGGAGGCCACUCAGUUACUGAAUGAACCUGUGGAGGUGGUUUCUGGAUCACUACGUACUUACACAAAGAGAUUACAGCUUAUGAUGACGAAAAUAAAGGAUGUGGAUCUAGAAGCCCUCUCGCCAUCUCUAGACUGCUCUCCAGAAACCCUGAGCAAACUUCAGGAAGCUAUACCUGAAGUCUUGCAGACACUGUGUGAGGCAGAGCAGGUGUGUGAUGAGCUGCGCGUGAGUGUGAGCGGGUUGGAUGGGCGUCUUGCUGAACUGUUACACUGGGAGAUGGAAGCCAGAGAGUUGCAUCAGCUCCUGAAGGAGGAAACACACAGGCAGAGAAGAGGGCAAGACCCCAGAGCACGGAUGUUGAUUUCAAGGGGUCUACAGUUAGAGGGUCAGGUGGUUAUGGAGGAGCAGGAUCUGCAGGUGAUGGUCAUGAAUAGUCAAAAGACUUCACCACUGCAGUAUCUCAUCGUAUCCACCAUGCAGGACAGAGUCCGCACUGCUGUUGAAAAGUCACAGGAAGCCAUAGGGAUGCUCAGCUCUUUAGGGGCUUGCAGAGACAGAAGCCCUGUUAGAGACCAGCCCCCUUCCAAGAUCUUUGUACAGUAUCAUGAGAUAGAGGAAGAGUCCCAAACCCAAAAACCCUCCUUCCAGUCUAUCUCUCCAUCAGGAGCCUCUGGCCAAACAGAACCUCAGCCUGCAGUCAGGGCCAAAGUCCCAAAAUAUUCUCAAAUACCCUCAGAGGUAUCUUCUCAAGUUGUAGACCUGAAGACCCAGCCUUGUAGUCAGACUGUGCCUAUGAUUGUUGUACAAGACUAUGAAGAUGAGAAAAGUAGUCCAGAACCACAAAUGCACCCCUGUAUGCAAGUGAAAGACUCUCAGUCCAUUAAAGUUAAGUCACAGAAAGUCCAUGCUCAAACAAAAAUCGACAUAGAGCAUCAUGUAGAAAGCCAGGUAUCUUUACCACAACCUGUGACACAACAACAGACAGAAAACCAGGGGCAGGUGCAAGGUCCAGUAGCUAGCCAACCCUCACAGAACCUACAACAAGCAGAAUCACAAGUACAUAAUGAACAACAAUUAGCAACACAGCCAUAUGUGCACAUACAGCAACAAGAGAAAACUCAGCUUGCAAAACAGCAGAAGGUUCAACCACAAGUACCAAUCCAGUCACAGCCUCAGGGCCAACUAGAAACACAAACACAGCAAGCUCCAAAGCAGCAAAGGAAAGUAAAGAAGUCCCAGGCAUAUCUGCAGAACAGACCUUGGCUUCAGCAGAAGAGUCAAUUGGAAAAUGUUACCCAUAAACCAGCACCACAGUUGGUGCUGCAAACUCAGUCAGAGCCUGAGGACAAAUGCCAAUUAAGUUCUCAAACACCACCACAGCAUAUAGUGACUGUUAGCUCACAUAGCUCAAAAAGCAUUGUUGAGAGUGAUGAGAAAGACCUGAAGCCAGCUCAGCCUGUUGCACAAGAGAAACCUCUUGUAGUAACACGAAAACUACCUCAAACUUUGCCAGCAGUUCCAGCACAAUCAACGACUCAAAAACAAACACAACAGACAGUGACUGUUCCGAUUCAUAAACAAGUAUUAACCCAACCUCAGCCCUCUUUAUCAACUCAAGCUCAAACAACUACACAACAACUACAAGCUACUGCACCCAUUAAGCAACAAAAGCAACCUCAGAUAGUGACACCACAGCAACUUCAAGUGAUGAUCCAGAAACAGGCACAAUCUCAAUCCAUGACACCCAUGCAACCACAGGUUAUGGCCCAAUGGCAGCCACAACAGACUAUUGCUCAAACUCAUCCUGCAGUGCCACAACCACAAAGAUUUUCAGUGGCCCAAACAAUGCCUCAAGGCAUUUCCGGACCAGCCCAACAGUACCAAGCAUCACCCAUUCAACCACAAAUAAUGUUGCAGAGACAACAGUCACCACAUGGUAUAGUGCAGGCUCAGUGCCAGCAACCCACAAUGCACAAUCUGACUGUAAUUUCCCCUCAACCUAAAGGUGCAUCCCCCAUACAACCAAGAAUCAUCUCUAUGCCUCGACCCCAGAUGCCUGUUCAAUCUCAAACCCAAACUCAGGUCAAAGCACAGGGAAGUGCACCACUUAUGAUUCAACCUCAGGGGCAACCCCAGUGGUAUCAACCAGGAGACGUCACCCAAACAUACCCCAAAGUCCAAGGACCAAUUUCUGUUGCUGCCCAGAUGCAGCCACUGGCCCAUUUCAAAACUCAUCCCCAACCUCAAAGUAUCCCUCCAGUUCAACCUCAGCAGUGGUCACCAAUAAGACCAGGCAUAGUGGCCCAGACCUACCCCACUGUCCAAGUUCCAGGUCAGGUAGUCCACCCUCAAUCCCAAAUGGCAAUUUACCCUAAAAACCAACCGCUAUCACAGCCUCAGCAGUGGCCCUCUGCUAGACCUGAAUCACCUUGGUGUCAAUCACAGAUGAGACCCCAAGGUCCAGCUCAGCAUAUGGUUUCCUCACAGCACUGGAGGCCUGUCAGUCCAGUAUACCCCGGGUCUGAAACCCAAGGGCCCAUAGGACCACGUUCUCAGUCCCAAUAUCAAGCCCCACCAAGGCAACCAAGCCCUCAAUGGCACUGGGGUCCAGUCCGGCCAGAACAUCAGUUUCAAGUCUCUUCCCAGACUAUGUUCCAUGGUGGUCCCCAGCCAGUAGCUCCAUGGAAUCAACCACCUGCUCAAGCUCCUAUAAGACCUCAGAUUCCACAACAGCCUCAGCAAAGUCAGCAAAAGUGGAGUUCAUCCAGGCCAGAGGCCCCAUCUGAAACCCUUAUCCAAAGCCAAGCUCCCCAGGCAGAGCUUCAGUCCCAAGAUCUGAUACACCAACAGCAGUCAGCUCCUUGGGUUAAGCAGUCAGCUCUUGCCCAGGCACCCCCUCAAGCCUACACUGAGGCUUAUAUAAAGGCACAGGCCCUGGUUAGAAAUAGAUUUGAGGAAGCCAAGCACUGUCUUCAAGAGCAUAUUAUAGAAGCUAUCAGUGUAUUCAAGGACAAGCGAAUGACGAACGAACAGGCAUCAGUUAAGGAGGAGACGCUUCGGACUCUGGACCCUGAACUUCUUGAAGAGUUCUUGAGGGCUGCGGAAGGGAUGGAAGCUUUCUGCACCCCAUCUGAAAUAAGAGACAUGGAGUUUUUCACACAAUCCGUUAGAACACAGUGGAAGGCUGUUCGAGUGCAAAUAUCAGAAUUUUUGAAGCAACUCCGAUUUGAGUUAACCCGCCUGCAUUUUAACCGUGUGGUGGAGACAUGUGAGAUAAACUUUAAGAGGGAAAAACUCAACCUUAGGCCUGAAUCAAUAUCAGAAUCAAAUGAAGAGGCUUGUUUGUCUGAGGAGGGCAGUCUGGCAGAGGCAGGACAGCAGCUAGAAGCUCUGAAGGAGUUGUGUGAUACUUUGAGCCCUGAGGAUGCACACAGGCUCGCACAAGCCCAACUCAGAGAAUGUGAGAGACGGCUUGCUGCCAUCCAGCGGCAGUUCAGUGGAGACAGAGAUACAUCUCCUCCAGACACUAGUUUACAAACAGAGCAAACAAAAGAGCCACUCACUCAGAAAGCACCAACAGUCCCACAAUCACCUGAGAAGCCCAAACAGGUUAUUGUUUCAGAUGCUGUUACACCUGUUAGCCCCCAGCAACCGAGAACUGUGGAGAAGAGAGAGAUAGUGAAACAAACGAGUACAGAAGACGACAGGUACCGCAGCUCCAGAUUUGCAUUACAGGCUCAGUUAAACAGAAAUGAGCAAUGCAUGCUUGGCGAUCGUACCUCAGAAUCAGUCACUCCCACAGACCUGCAGAAACGACUGAGAGAAUUAAAGUCUCUGUGGGAUGAGACUGAGUCUCUGUGGAAGGAGUAUGAAGCGCUGUGUAUGCAAUGUGUUCAGUACAAUGAACGAGCUGUUGAGCAAGACCGCAUGGAGCUCACUGUCCGGUGGAGAGAGCAGAGGUCACAGUUACAGGGCAGGGUGGAUUCACUGGGAGCAGCACUUGAGCUCAUGGACUCUAUUAAGCUGAAGAUCUCUGAGAUUUCUGAAAGGCUGGACAGUUUCAUCAAAGAGCCCAAAGACAUUAAGGGAUAUACACUAGCUAACCCUGCCAUUUUGAGAGAUGUGAAGGACUUAGAUGAAAGUAUCCAGACAGAGAUGGACCGUCUGUCUCGAUUCGACUCUGAGCCCAGUCAUCUAGACCUGCGGGACCGAUCACCUCUGACCCAGGUGGUUCUGAACCACAGAUCCAGCCUGGACCGGCUCAGGCAACAAGUGCGCAAGAGUGACGCUGCUGCCCGUGCUCUCGACCGCUUCCUCAUGUCCCUUCGCACUGUGGAGCUUGAUGUCUCUUCUGUGCAAAGCGCCCCCAGCAAUGAUGCAGUGGUCCUGCAGGACAGUAGGUCCAAGCUGGCACUAAUCAGAAAGGGAGUCAGCAGCCUUAAGGAUAAGGCUCCACAGCUGGACCAGCUUUUAGGUGGAGCACAGCUUGAAGUGACACAGGACGGGAAACCUGUUUCCUGUUUGGACAUGGUGGGGGUACUGGUUCACAGGGUGGAAGAGGCAGAUGAUCGACUGAUGAUUCGACAGAAUGAGCUCCAGAAGGAACAGCAGAACCAGAGCCACGGUCUGAGGGGGAAGACUAUGCAGGCUGAGUUGAGGAAGGUGCAGGUGGCAGCAGAAAAACAGGGUCUAAAAGAUCCCACCAUGCCAGCUGUGCAACACCGGAUGCGAGCGCUGUCUGAUCUCGAAUCACAACUGAACUCUCUUCGCCCUGAAUACCAAAGCAUCAAGAAGGCUCUGUCUGAAGUCUCUCCACCGAAAGAGCACCCUGAUCCAGCAAAUGAGGAACUUGAAUUCCUUUGGGAAGAGACUGAAAGAGCUGUAUCUGACAGACAAGAGCAGUGCACUGUUCUUACAGAACUGCUGAAGAAAUUUCAGAGCUGUCGCAGUUACCUGGGCAAUACUCUCCAGAGGGCGGAGCAAACCAUCAAUGAGCAAGCUUCAUACAUGGGCAAAGACAACCUACAAAGACUCCUUGCAAAAGUCGUUGGCAUAAAGGAGGAUCUUAAAAGCCUUGGACCCAAGAUGGAGGAGUUCAGAUCUGUGUGCAGACAGUUGCAGUCCCAGCUGAAGAAAAUUCCUGAUUGCUCGGAAACUCCAUUUGAGAUGGAGGCAGAUGCUUUGGUGGACUCAUGGCUGGAUGUGUCAGAGAAGACAGAUAGUUACAUGGAUAACCUGCGUGUGGGUCUGGAGUUGUGGGAGAAACAGCUGGUUCUGGGUGGAGAGGUGGACAGCUGGACUUCUACUAAACUCAUUAUCUUUUCAGAGUCUCACCCUUUCAGCAGUGAGACGGAGGUUGCCAGCAUGAAGAAUGAGAUUCAGUGUCAGGAGGACAACCUUGAACACUUCCAUAGGAAGUUACUAGAGAUCCAGGAACUGCUGCAGAGCAAAGAAUCUCCUCUUGAAUUACAGGUAAUGGAAACAAACCUGAGGAAAAAAAUGGAGCAGGUGAAGGAACUCUUCUCCGAUUGCACUGAAGUGUUCCAGGAGCUCCUUACAGUUAAAGCUCAUCUGAUAGAAAAGAUUGACACCUAUCAAUCAUCUGUGAAGAAUAUACACUCCUCAGUAGAUAUGAUCAGUUCAGAGGAUCGCGCAGAGCUGGAUGCACAUUUACAGGACUUGUGUGAGCAGCUUUUGGACCAGGAGGGGCAGGCUGAAUCUUUGCUGAAGGAAAUCAAUCUCAUGUCCAGCAUUACUGGAUCACAGGCCUUGGAGGAGCUGACUAAUCGUAGUAAGCACCUCAAAGACAGCAUUGCGGAAACACGGGAGCUGAUUCGUCAGAAGAAGGAACAAGGGGAGAAAAGCUUCCUUCAGACUAUUAAAGAAGAGUUUCAGUCAUUUGAGGAAUGGCUGCAGGAUGAGCAGCUCGCUGUGAAUGAAUGCUUUGAGAACCCUGAGAGAAAGCAGGAUGUAGAAACAUAUAUGCAGAGACUGACAAGUUUCCUGGCCUCUAAAGAAGGAGAACAGCGUCUGGCUCAGUUGAAGGAGAGGUUUGAGCGAGGUGGACAGGCAAAGCUCCCUACUGAGGCUCAAGCUUUGCUCUCUACAUGGCAUCAGGAACAGGAAGGAGAACUGGCCACACUCAGGGCUCACUGCCAGGGACGCCAUAAACAGCUAGAUGACAUCCUCCACAACCUCAACAGUUUGCAAGAGGAACAUAAUCAAUUGAAGGACUGGCUGCAGCAGAGAGAGCAAGUGCCAGAACAGACAGAAAAACUAAGGCAAAUCCAAGAGGAUUUUCUUAAAGAAAGCGGUCGUGUGGAGGCAUUCAAUGACCUGUUAUCUGCUGUAAGGAUGCGUGGCCUGAGGGGAGACCCUCUCCUUAGAGACACAGAGACCCUGAUAGACCGAUACCACAGCCUGGGGAUUCUUUUGGAGAAUCAGGUCCAAGUCCACAAGACCCUUGAUGAUCAAAUUGAAACAUUCCAAACCAAUGCAGAACAGAUCAGAGCCUGGAUCAUAAAUGUAAAGCAAGGACUUGAGUACUUGGGGACAGACACACCAAUGCAGGAAAAACACAUACAUACUCAGGCUGUUCUUAAUCUUAGUCCUGAGGGUGCGGCUAAACUCGUGACUUUGAAAGAAAAGUGUGAUGCUUUAUGUGUUUAUGAGAUUUUGGAGGACACCAGAAGACAGGAGUUCAUUCACACCCUUGGAAACAUUGAAGAUGAGUGGAAAAGAGUUCUGGAUAUGGCUCAACAACUAAAACAUCAGGCAGAACUCCAAGACACUCUCAAUAUGGAACUAGAAGAUCUACAGGCCCAGGAAGAGAGCAUCCAAUCCUGGGUGAGAGAACAACUGCAAAUGCUGCACUCUUUGGGGAAGGAGCUUCAGCCACGUGAAAAACUUAACAAAGUACAGGCUGUCAUAGAUCUUGGUGAUGAAGCUGAUUCCAGAUUGGCCAGUUUACAGAGACAAGGACAACAUUUAUGUUCUUAUGAAGAGCUUGAGAAUGAGAGGAGGAGCCACAUUGACCAAACCCAGAGAGCAGUAGAGGAGGAGUGGAGGACAGUGCUACAACUUGCCCAGGAGCUCAAGAACCAGGUCAAGCAUGAGGAAUCUCUCUACAGAGAGUUACAAACUUUCUGUGAUCAGGGAGAGGACACUCGAUCCUGGAUUAGACAUCUCAGAGGGACCCUGGAUUCCCUUCAUGUGACAUCUUCCAUUCAAGAGAGGCUUAUUGGAGUUGAGGCACUACUAACUCAUAGAUCUGAGGGGGACUAUAAACUUUCUGACCUAAAGACGAAGGGAGAGAAUCUAUGUUCCUGUGAAGAUCUAGAGGAGGACAAAUGUCAGACAAUCCAACAUACAUUACAAAAUGUACAGCAAGAGUGGAUGGGAGUUUUGAUGCAGGCUCACGAACUGAAGAACCAAUCAGAACUUGAGGAUUCUCUUUCUAAGGACCUUCAGGAUCUUCAAGAAGAGGAGGAGAACACUCAAUCUUGGCUCAAACAGCAGCAUCUGAAGAUUGAAUUGCUAGGUCAAGAGACUCAGUUACAAGAGAGAAUGCAUGGAGCUCAGGCCAUCCUGAACUCAGAAUCAGAGGGGGAUUACAAGCUAGCCAACCUGAGGAGGAAAGCAGAGGGUUUGUGUUCUCGAGAAGGCGUGGAGGAGAAAAGAAAACUGAAAAUCCAGCUGAACCUGAGAUCCAUUGAAGAACAAUGGAAGAAGGUCCUGGCAAGUGCUCAAGAAUUAAAGAACCAGGCGGAGCUCCAGGAUUCUCUUGCGAGGGAGCUUCAGAAUGUCUGUACCCAGGAGGAGAGCACCUGGACCUGGGUGAAGAACCAGAAAGAUGGCCUGGACUUACUGGGGGAAAGCACUCAUGGUACACUGGAGCAGAUUGAGGAGAGACUAAGCAAAGCACAAGCAAUUCUAAGUCUGCACUCUGAGGGCAACUCUAAGAUUGCAGCCCUGAAAUGGACAGUAGAUCGUCUUUUUAACCAUGAAGAUCUUGAUGAAGAUGCAAGACAUUCUCUCAUUAAGAAGAUGAAAAAUGUAGAGGAGGAGUGGAAGACAACACUGCAGCAAGCACAGGAGCUGCAUAGUCUGCUGAAAAGUGUAAGGGAACGUCUGGUGUCCUGUCAGUGUCAGAAGGACCAGCUUCAGUCUCGUCUGGAGCAGGUGAAACAGCAGACUGCUGAACUGCCGCGGCACUUCCCCUGGCCUGGUUUAGGGGAUCGAAGGCACACAUUGGAGCAAGCCAAGAGUCUGCUAGAUCGUACCAGAGCCCUGACCCCAUCUCUGUCUGCUGUCCGAGCACUUGGGAGGGAGAUGAGCCAGCUGACCCGUGAUUCCAGCUGGAUUGAUCCAUCCUGGGCCACCAUAGAGGAGUGCAUACCUGAGUUAAUCAAAGAUCUUACGGAGCUUUGUGUAAAUCUCGAAGAGGAAAUCCGGAGAGAGCGAGUUUGUGCUCAGUUAGUUGAGCAGCACACUGUAGCACAGGAUUGGCUGAGUGAGCAAGUCAAAGGUUUCGGUGCUUUGCCCACUGAACGUCAUGGGUUGCAAAGCUCUAUCAAUGCUCUUCUUCAGACCAUAGACAGGGAGAAGAGAGAAAUUAAAGAUCUGGUUGCCGUUAAAGAUUCCCUGAUGGAUCUUUGCACUCCAGGAGGUUGUGAUGCCCUGACCUUAGAGGUCAGCCAUCUUCAUAACCUCUGUGAGUCCUCUGAGAAAGAGAUGAGGGAACGGUUAGCUGUGUGUGAGGCCAGACUGAGUGAUAUUGACCUCAGGCUUGCUGGCAGAGCACAGAUUCUCAGAGAGCAAGCAGAGAGUCUUCUGAAUGAGCUGCGUGUUCAGGACCACUCUUUAGGAUUUCUGGUGGGUAGCCAGAAUGUCAGCCAGCUACAGGAGAACUGGCAUAGCUUCAAGACAUUUGAGAGAGACCUUGAGUCUUUAGAGGGCAAAGUUUGUGAGCUUGGCCAGGCCCUCCGAAUGGUCCCACCAGAAGAGGAGCCCCCUAGUAAUGUCCUUUCUAUUGUGGACACAGUUACACAACAAUAUUGCCGUCUGCGGUCGAAACUGUCAGAAAAGCAGAAUGACUGUGCAGACAGCACUGUGCAGUGUGUGAGACAGGCCUUACAAAAUAUACAGUCAUGGAACCUGACACAUGCAAAUCCUCCCUGCAGCUCAGCCACAUCCAUGCAGGCUGCAAUUGAGGAAGGUGUGAGACUGUGUAAAAGCCUGCAGGUGGCGCUGUCCCAUAAAGAACUGUUGAGGGAAUGUCUGGGCCCUGACUUGGCUGGCAAACUUGAAAGAGACGGAACGAAAGCAUUAAACGAAGCAGACACUCACAUGAAUGACCUUAAACAGGAGCUCAAGAAUCUGGAGGAGAAGGUGAAGCAGGAAGUUCAGAGGUUGUCACUGGAAGCUCAAAGCAUUCAGGUGGAUUCGCAGGUUUCUGCUGUGACACCAUCAGCAAAGGAGUCUGAACAGUCGGAAUUUGUUUCUUCUUCAUCGUUUAUCACGGAGAGCUUUGAAAUGACAGGUGACAGUGAACAAGCUAAGGUACAGCCAUCUGAAUACCUUGACAGCAAGAUCCCUCCAUGUGUAAUCUCAGAAUCUUCAACUGAAACAGAAAUUCACGCUGCAAGAAAAUCACUACCAAUAUUAAAGAUUGACACUGAACAGACUGAAGUCAAAACAACUGUUCCGUUAACCACAGAGAUGCUACCUGAACCAGCAGCAAGAGUAUAUGAAUCUGCUGUUCCUACAAGCAGCCAUGGUGCAAAUGAAUCUAAAAGUGAGAAUUUUGUUUCUGUUUCUUUGGAAACAAAGUCUGAUAAUGAUGAGAUUGCACAUGAAAAGAUGCCAAUUCCCUCAUCUGCAGCUGUCCACAGCUUGGAAACCACAGUGCAAGACACUGACUUGGAAUUACACAGCACUGAGAGUCUUAGCACAGAAGGACAAGAAAGCCAGUUGUCUAUUGUAGUUGAAAGUUCAGUUGCUGAUAAAGUAGAGGGAGAGAACACUGAAGCAGUGACUGCAGAGCCAGAUAAAGAGGAAGAGGACUCAUAUAUUUCACAUUCUCAAGAGGAACCUUAUGGAGAAGGUGAAGCACAAACCAAAAAGGUUGCUGCGCUCAUUUUAGAUUUGGAUACAGUACACAUAGUUAGUGUAGACACACACUCCCACACACCCUCAGAUGGUGCUACAGUGAAAGCAGCCUCUGCUGGUUCUAUUUUAAAUGAGAUGACACUGGGCAAGCAAGAGCAUGAAACAAUGGCCCCUCCAGAAGCUGAAAUUUCUGAAGCAGCCAUAGAACCAAUUAGCAUCCAGUCUUCUCUUAAUGAGCCAAUUAUGGUGAAUGUUUUAGAAAUUAGUUCAGCAAUAGAGCCAGAACAGUCACAGCUCAUUGAUAUAGACACUAACGAACAAGUGCAGACAACAGCUGGUCCACCUGCUGAAGUACACAGUAGUGGAGAUGCUGCUGCCAGAGGUAUUGGAACAUUUUCUUGGAACAAUGGACCAAAUGCUGCAAUUGCUGACAGAGAGAGGAACUGGACUACAAAUAAUGGUCCACGUGAAAUCCAACGCGGAUAUAUUACUCAAGACUUCCCUGAGGGGGUGGAGAUGCAGAGACGUCAUGCUCAUGAAGCUACUCUUUCCAGGGAACCCUCUGAGGCACAGAUUCAGGGAUCAGAACGGUCGGUGUCAGAAAGAAUGGAGACAGAAUAUGAGGCAAAAUCUGAUAAAACAGAAACAGGGGUUCUAGCCAGCACAAACAGACCUUUAGAAGCAUCAGAACAAUCUGAACCGGUUGAAGCAAACCAAAACCUACCAACAAGGGAAGUUGGAGAAGUCAUGCAUGGUAAUGUAGAAGAAGAGACAAAGAAGACCCCAUCAGAUGAUAAAACACAAUUAAUUGAAACUGAUCCUAAACUUAAACCUCCAGUCAAGCAACAAAAUGAGGUAGAAACUGAGGUCCAAACAAACAAAGUGCAUGUCUCAACAACAAUAGAGGAAAAACCUGAAGGUGAAGAAGCCAUUGGCGUCAUUUUGGGAGAAGAGACAAAGAACCAAUCAGGUGGUAAAGCACAAUCCAAAGAAAUUGAACCUAAACUGACACCUCCAAUCAAGCUCCUGAUUGCCUGGGACACUGAGGUACAACCCGAAAGAAGUAAUGUCUCACUAACACCAGAAGAGAAACCUGAAGUUAUUAAGGUCACAUAUGUUAUUGUAGAAGAAGAGAUGGGCAAGACCCCAUCAGGUGAAAAAGCACAAUUCAUGGAAUCUGAACCUAAAAUGACGCCACCAGUCAGGCAAAGAAAUGAGAGUAAAUCUGACGCCCAGCCAAACAAGGUAAAUGUCUUAACACAAAAGGAGAAAGCUGAAGGUGAAGAGGCCAUGGAUAUCAUUGUAGAAGAGGAGACAAAUACAACAUCAUCAGAUGAUAAAGCACAAUCCAUAGUGGCUGAACCUGAACUGACACCUUCAAUCAAGCAAAGGAAUGACCACAAAACUGAUGUCCAGUCAGAAAAGGUGGAUGUAUCACCAGAGGAGAAAACUGAAUGUGAAGAAGCAUUAUAUGUCAUUAAGGAAUGGAAUGACUGGGACACUGAGUGUCAAUCCGAAAGUAUUAAUGUCUCACUGACACCAGAGGAAAAACAUGAAGUUGGAGCCACUGCAGAUUUCAUUGUAGAAGAAGAGACAAACAAGACCCCAUCAGAUGAAAAAGCACAUUCUAUAGAAGCUGAACCUAAACCAACACCACCAGUCAGGCAAAGAAACGAAAAGAAAAUUGCUGUCCAAUCAAACAAGGUGAAUAUUUCAACAACAUCAGAGAAGAAACCUGAAGGUGCAGAGGCUAUCAGUGUCAUUGUAGAAGACGAGAUAAAGAUGACUCUAUCAGAUGAUAAAACACAAUCCCUAGAAGGGGAACCUAUACUGACACCACCAGUCAGGCAACAAAAUGAAGGUGAAACCGAUGUCCAAUCAAACAAGGUAAGAAUGUCAACAACAUCAGAGAAGAAAUCUGGUGACACCAUGCAUAUCCCUGAAGAGGAAGUGUCAAAAAAGACAUUGGUUAAUAAAGGGCAAUCCAUAGAAGCUGAGCCUAAACCAACACCACCAGUCAGAAGACAAAAUGAGGGUGAAACUGAGGUCCAAUUAGACAAGGUGGAUGUCACACCAACACCUCCCACCAGACGACGUAAAGGUGAUAGGUUAUUUUUAAAUAUUGAAUCACAGAUAGAGGGAGAAGUUCUUCCCACCCCACCAAGCAGAAGACGUAGAGAGAAAAUGGGAAGUGAGAGGUUUUCACUUGAUUUAGAGUCCCAACCCACACCACCAGCAAGACGACGUAAAGAAAAAGAAGAUAGAAGAUUAUCGCUUGAUCUGGAGACCCAACCCACACCACCAGCAAGACGACGUAAAGAAAAAGAAGAUAGAAGAUUAUCGCUUGAUCUGGAGACCCAACCCACACCACCAGCAAGACGACGUAAAGAAAAAGGUGAAGAUAAAGGAUUAUCAGUUGAUCUGGCGCCUCAACCAACUCCACCAUCAGGAAGAUGCGAGGAUAAGCCAGAGAGUGACACAUUAUUUUACAGUGCUGAAUUAGGAAAAAGUGAUAAUCAGCAAACUGUUGAACAUAAAGAUGUGGAAGAGCACACUGUUAAACCAACUCCACCUGUCAGACGCAAAAUUAGUCAGGUAGAAAGUGAUGUGGCAGUUUGCAAAAACCAAGAAGAGAAAGAGACCUUUGUGAAACCCACACCACCAACAAGAAGGAAGGAUAGCAAAGUUGAAAAAGAAAUCGUCACAGGUGCUUCUAAUCUAAAAGAAGAUAUGAGCAUAUAUAACCCAACUCCACCUCUGAGGCAAAAAGACAGCCGAGUGGAAACUGAGAUGGUUUCAACCACUCCUGAAAGUCAACCUGAGGAAACCCUACCAACUCCAGCAACCAGUCGAAAGAAAGAUCAAAUAGAAGCUGACAGAGCUCCAUUAGCGCCAGAAGUGCCACAGGUCAUACCAACUCCAACAACCAGCGACAAAGAAAGUUCGGACAAUGAAAAUGUUUCUGUGUUUGUAAGACUGGAAGUGAAAGCUGAUUUUGAAGCAAUAACUAAACAGGAAGAUAAAAAGGAGUAUGAUACAAAGUCAUUGGUUGGUCAGGAGCAUCAAGAGGAGGGGCAGGACUCUGAUACCUUGGUCCCAGAACCCAUAAGUGUAAUCAAUCAAACAGAGAACAUCAGUGAAAUGCAGCCACAAGAUCAAGAUGUGGAUGUUUCUCCCCAAGUUGGUCUCAUGCCUAAAAUCACUGAGAGUCCAGCAGAGGAAGAGGGGGAGCCAGAGGGACCCACAAUGAAGGAUAUCUUCAUGGAGAUCAAAAAAAUGACUGAAAAGGGACCAAAAAGUGUGCUCAUGGAGGGUAUACCACAUGAAAGUACCAAGAAACUUCUUGACACUUCCAGCACUGAUCUUGAAGCUCGGUUAAAAAGGCUAGUGUUCCAUUUACUGGACCUCCGAACUUGCCCAGCUGCUCUGAACUCCACAGACAUGGCCAAACAACUAGAGGAGGCUGAGGAAUGUAGAAGGUGUGCCCAGAGACAGGUAUCUAUGCUGUCUAGGCAAGACCAGGCUAAUGGAGACAUUGGCAGUGGCACUAAUGGCACAGUUCAUGACCCCGAGGGGAUGCAACAGCUGAGUGCCCAGUGGAGUGCAGCUUUGUGGGAUGCAGCAAGCUCGGUUCACUCCAAGGAAGCUCAACUACAGAUGGUUGCAGAUUUUGACAGACAGACCCAGAAAGUCAAAGCUAUUCUGGAGAAACUCAAAAUUGAGAGUGCGGCACUGAGAUCCUCUCCAGCCGUGAGCAGUUUUGCCGAGGAGGAAAGGCUACGCUCUUUCUUGAGAAACAUGGAGCAGGAAAGGACAUCUCUCGGUGAGUUAAUUCAGACUCAUGCAAAACUGUCCUCCCACCUCAGUGUGCCUCAGAGACAGGCAGCUGAAAUACAGCAAAACAACUUGCAAAGCCAGUGGAGGGUGCUGGAGAAGGAUGCAGAAAUUGCUCUUUACAAGGUCAAUGCUUAUGCUAAAGAAAGUGGCAGCCUUAUUCAAGAGGUCAGUGCCUUAAAAGACCAUCUCGAGAAUAUUCAGAAGACCUUGGAUGCAUCAAAAACCCCACCAGUUUUAUGGGAUGGCAAGAAAGCUCAAGAAAUUAUGACUUUAAAUGCUAAUCUCACUUUCACCCAUCAGCAGUACCUGUACCUUCAGCAGACCUCUGAGGCACUUGCCCAGGAAUUCCAAUUCAAGGCAGAGACAUCCAGCAUAGAGCAGGACCUUCAGCAUAUAAAAGAUCAGCAGGAUCAAAUGGGUGAAAAGUUAGCAGCUGCAACCCCUAGCAGCAGCAACCCAACAUUAAGUAAAAUUGUAAAGGUGAUGACAGAUGCUCUGGCUUGGGCCAAGCAGACAGAAUGUGAUGUCAAAGGACGACAGAAAAAGCUGUCUUUGCUUCCAGAAGAAGUCCAUCGACAGAUUAAAGAUUUAAAGAAAUUGCAGUCCGAGAUGAGCUCCAAGCAAACCCAGUUGAAGGCUUUGGUUGAGGAAGUCACUGAGCUGAUUUGUGACCUAGAUGAGGCUGAUGUUUCGAUGGUGACCUCAUCCUUGAAUGUCCUAGAGAAUUUGUCCAAAUCAGCAGCAGGAAAACUGGCUGAGGCAGUUCGUGAGAUGGAGUCAGGUCUUCAGACCCGGGAGAAGAUGUCAGAGCAGAUAGCAGAUAUUGAUUCCUGGGUGGUUGGACAUCUGCAGAGGGAAGCUUUGAGAAGAGAGGAUUAUCAAAGUUUGAGUGUGGCAGACCUGGAUCGCAGGUUGAGGCAGAUCCAGGACACUCUUGGAGAGGCAGAAAAGCAGUCCGCUGUCACUGAAGCCCUUCUGAUGAAAAGCAGAGACAUUGCAUCAGAGCUAAGUGUCUCAGAGAAUAUUCAACUCUAUGAGAAACUCACCAGCCUUCAAGAGGACAUCAAGAGUAUUGUUCUCUAUGAGAAAGCAUGUUGCCAAAAGGUUAUGGAUGUCAUACAGAGCCAAGAAUCCUCUCAGAGGAAGGUAUCAUCUCUUGAGAACAGCCUGAGACAAAUGUUAACUGAUGUAAAAAGACACAGGUUUCCUGUUACCAAGGAUACCCUCUCUGUUAUUGAACCCUUCAAACAGAUGAUUGUGGAGCGCAAAUCUCAGACUGAGCAAGUCAGUCUCUGUUCAGAGGACAAGAGAAGAGAGCUGUUAUGUGUUAUUACUGAACUGUACCACAAAAUGAUUGAUUUGGAUCUCAAAUCACAACCUCAUGAAAGGUACUUGAGCUUCAGUCGGUGCAUUGAAGAUGUCAAGGAGGAAAUGGAGGCUCAGAUCCCAAGGACCAAAGAUGAGAGCAUCAACAAAGAGGAACGCUACAGAGCCUGUCAGGCCCUACUGAUCCAAAUCUCUUUAAUAAAACUCUUGUUUGAGGAAACAAUGGAUGAACUGCAGGAAAUCGUAGCAGAUCUAUAUCCAUCUCAGCUCUCUACUGAACAAGCAAGAUUUAAACAAAUCCUGGAAAGUCUCAAAACCUCAGAAUUGGCAGUGAGCAAUAAUCUUCAGAUAUUGGAAUGGGAUCUGCUAAAACAAAUUCAUUAUCCAUCAGAAAAAAGAGUACUUAAGCAAUUUCUCAAAGACACUAAUGAGGAGUUGGAAAAGCCUUGUAGUAUUGAACCAAAAGAGGCAGAGAUUGAAAAACAACUAAGAACGUGCCUUGUACUCAGAAAGAAUGUAGAAUCUAGAAUGCGAGUGCUUGAGUUUCUUGAAAAAAAGAUUGGAGCUCAACCUCCACAGGACUCCAAACAGCUUACUUGCUUGAAGGAUAUGGUUUUGGAAAAGUGUGAUCAACAAAUGGUGAGCCUAACUAAAGCUAAAGAACUGUUGAAUAAUUACACCAAAGCAGUGAUUGAUACCAUUCGGUUCCUCCAAAGAGCUGCAUUGGUCCUCCUUCCCUCAGUCUGCUCUGCUAGAAGCUGCUCAGAAAGACUCAAAGACGCACAGCACGCUUUACUGACCCUAGACACAGAGAUCCAAUCACAUGUUUCACAGCUUCAAACUCAAACCCCACAGCAUCCCUGCUUCAAGCCACAGAAGAUUGAAUUUCUGCACACGCAGGUUCUAGGCGAGCUCCUGGUCAGGCUAUCAACCCUCAAGGCCCAGGCUCAAAUUCAUGUAGAAUCUUUGAAGAGGUGUGUUGAGUGCCAGAAACAUUCUCGUAAAUGCUACGAGGAGCUUUGCCAGCAAGUGAGAGACUUAGAAACAUUGCUAUCACAGUGUGCCUCCAAAAAAUGUACUUCACACAAAGACUGCAAAGACCAGCAACAGAAACUCAGGGCUCUAGUGGAAGAGGUUGCCAUGCUUCCUGGAAAACUGGAGAAUCUGAGAGAGUGGUGUUCACUGUAUGGGUGCAGAGCCAACAGGGAGGAUGCCGUGAGCGCAAUCUGGGGUCAGGUGGCAAGAUUGCAGCGCUGUGCCAAUGAUCUGCAGACACGCUCAGAACAAUUGGAAGCAGAGUGGAGCAGUGUCACAAGGAGUGUGGAGCAGGCAGCCACUGUGUUGGAGCAAAUGGAUGCAGAACUUCCAGAUAGCAGCAGAGAGAAUCUGACUGGUGAUGAGCUGCAGGAACUGCUGCUCUUCUGGUCCCAGUACCAGGACAGACUGGACUGUGAACAAAGAGCUCUCUCCGCUUUGGAAUUAAGAGCUGCAAGGUUGCUUGGCGUUCCCCCGGACCUGGAACAGGCCCCGCCCAUUGAGCUGUGCCAAGAGCUUCAAGCCUGGCAAGAACGUUACCAUAGUCUAAAGGAACGUAGCUCUCAGGGUCUGAGGGCAGUAAGAACAGAGGUGGAAGAGAGGGAACGAGUGCAGGAGCAGCUGGAGAGAGUCAGAGAAUGGCUGGAAUCUGCCGUCUCUCUCCUCGCUGUACUGGAGCACGAGCCCAGCAAGAAACAACUACAGGAGGUUCACUCACAGCUGUGUACCCAGAAGGCUGUUCUGCAGCGUAUAUCGGAUAGUUUGAAGAUGAUGUGCUCUGACAAAAACACAUCAAUUCCAGAAGAGAUAGAGGGACUAUUACAGGAAGUCUCACAGUCAUUACAGGAAGUGGAGGAACAGGUGAAGACAGCUGUGGAGAAAAGUGGCCCACUUCACAGGCUGGGUGCUAAAAUCUCUGAGAUUAAAGCAGGUCUGGGAUCAGUUCAGAGCUGGUUGGAACAGAAGAGCCUGAACUUCACUGAAGCUGAGACCACACAGAAGCGAGUGUGGGACGAGUUGGACCGUUUACACACUCGUCUGACGACAGUUGAGGUGGAGCUACAGGAUGUGAAUGAAAUGCAUCCAGACGAGUGCCGCCUGUUAUUAGACAGCAUGGCCAACACUCAGCAGACCCACACACACCUCACCAAACAGGCCGAACAGAGGACUACCUUCCUCAGCAAGGUCCGUGACUGGAUGCAGGAGCAUGAGGAGAUGUUGAAGGGGUCACAGAGCUGGAUCUCAGAGGCUCAGUCUUGGCUUACGACACCCUGCACAUACACCACUGCCAGAUGCCUGGACAGUCAUGUGAAUGCACUGCAGAUGGUUCUGGAUGAUUCUGCUCAGAUGAGACUGGCUCUGCAGGGUUUCGGCAGUGUGCUGACAGAGAUGGGAAGUGUUUUUGAUGUCAGUCCAUUAGAGGAGCAGCUCUCAAAUGCUGAUCGACGUGUGGCAGACAUGCAGCACAGCCUGCUGGGACCUCUCUCUCAGCUGGAGCAUGCAGCAGCAGAAGUGGAUGCCAUUGAGUCAGAGGUGAAGGUCAUGGAGAAAGAUGUGGCCAAAAUCAAAUCUACUUUGACCACCAAAGAAGACAUCAGUCGGGACUGUCUAAAGUCAACAGAAGGCAGGAUUGACCUGAUGAAAAGGACAGUCGCUGAGAUUCAGAACUGUAAGGAUGGUCUGUGUUUACCUGACAAAGCUGAAAACACACUCCUAGUGUUCAAAAAAGCAAAACUACUACAGAAACAACUGCUGGAACUUGAACAGCUGGCUCUAGAAUACUUGAUUGAGGUACAGGAGACAUCUGUCCCACCUCUCUGUGUCACACCCCUCAAUGCACCGGCCCUCAGUGUUCCACCCACAAUCACUGAGGAAGACACACAGGAGAGUGGUCAGAUUCAGAUUGUGCAUGUAGAGGAGGACGCGUUGAAAAAGUCAGGAGCUGCGCUGAUGACGGUGGAGCAAUCCACACUGGAGCAGAGGCUCACCUGGAUCUCUGAGAGGAGCAGCCAUACCCCCACAGAAACACAGCAGGAGCCCGAGGAAGAGGAGGAGCUCUUUGAUAAACCAGGAGAUGGAGAGGAAGAUGCUUCAGAUGAAGAUUAUGAAGAUUGCGUAAAAAAUGAGGAUGAGGAGGCAAGAGGAAGGUCACCCACCUCUCUGAAUUCUGAGGCUUCCUCCAGCAUGACUGUGGAGGUAAUGCAGAGGGAUCAGAGACUUCAGCCCUGGACACCUCCUGAUGUUUCCUCUGCUUUCUACUGUCAUGUUUUCUACAUGCUUACUCUUUCCAUCACAUGGUUCAUAGUUCUGCUUUGUCACAUCUCAGUGUUUUUUUUGUGUGGUUUUGACUCAGUUUCUGCUGACGUGGUUUCUUCUACAGAACAGAUUUUGGAGAAAGCAGAAGCAACAAACUCAAAGGUAGAAGCAGAUACAUCUGUGGCCUCGGGAGCAGGUGUAUCAGAAGCUUUAUCUGAAACGGAUGCCUCAAUGGAAAGCCAGUCUCUUCCUGCAGACAUGGAGCAGGGUGCAUGGAGGGGGGAACAGACGCCACACACCAAUGACACACUCACACACAUGACACUCGUAGACAACACAAAGAAACAUUCAGAGUCACAAACCCCACCCACAGAAACAGAGGACAUGUUGACCUCACCUAAUGUCAUGACCUCUGAUGAAGGGCUGGGUGAUCAGAGCCUGAGCUCCACAAACACACCAUCAGACAAACCACCUGAGAAACAUUUAAACACUCUGACACACACUACUCCAUCAAAUGCAGAAGACCAUAGGUUAGAGAGCAGAAGCACACACGACACACACACACCAAUUACAGUCAAACCCUGCCUGGAGAGAACAGAGCCGCUGGCUGCAAGUGCAUCUUUGGCCGUAGGUGAAGCCGGGGGCUCAGGUGGACGGUUAUCCAGUGAUGGGCUGCUCUAUGCCUGCCGUGAGAGGGCCGAGCAGCUGGAGGUGUGUCUGGAGAGAGCACAAGUCAGCCUAGAGAGGUCGAGACAGCAAGCACAGGACGCAGCCAUGCAGCACUGCAUUGAACAACAGCUUCACAACUGCCAGACAAUCCUGGUGGAAAUUGAAGGGAAGAUCUCCAGUCUUCCUGUGUGUGGAUUAAAGGAACAGGAGCAACAUGAGGCUGAAUCGCUCAACACCAAACUCCAGCUGCUGAAGAACAGACUGGUUACUGUCCAAUUACAGCUGCAAGAGAGACACGGCGAAGAUCAGGUGCAUGUUGAGCGUCAGCGGCCCCUGCGGGCCAGGAUGAUACGCAGCAGCAGUGUCCAGGAAAUGUUGAGUUCUUCCAAAACCAAACUGUUCAGACAGAGCAGCCUUCAACAACAAAGGGAACUGGAGCAUGGUUUGAAUGAACAGAGGGAUCUAACUAAAGCUAUCGCAAUUCAAGGCAGCAGAACUCGAGCACACAGCCAGAGUGCAGACGAACAUGCAGGCCCCUCGCCAGCAAAAGAGAAUGAAGACAAGAGACAGGAAGUAGAGUUAUCAGUCCACAGGAAGUGGACACACCUCUGCAGCAGAUUGGUCAAGACAGCAGAGACCGAGCAAGAUCAAGAUGGAGAUAAAGAUCAGGAUCCAUCUGAGAUCCUCGCUCCAUCUGUCUGUUUGUGGAGUGGAGCUGCUGUUUCUCUCUGUCUGCAGGAGAUUCAAUCCAACAUCUCACAACUUAAAGAACUGCAGAAGUCAGCAGAUACUCAGGAUCAUCAGUCUCUGGAUGAAGGUCUGUUUGAGGUGUUGAGUGGAGUGGAUCUCAAUCUCAGCUCGCUCACACAAACUCUCAUGUAUCAACCAGCAACCUCAAACACUGACAUACUAAACCAACUACAACAGCUACAGGGUUUAUCUGCAGAGCUGACCUCCUUGGGUGCCAUAUUGACCUCCCAGGGGUCAGAGGUCAUAAAGCUGUUAGGUUCGGGUUCAGCGAUAUCAGAGACCUCCACUUGUUUUGACCUGCUGAUGCAGCGUGUAUGUGACAUUCAAAAGACUCUCGCUGAUAAACAGGAGCAGCUACAGGAACGAAUAAAACACACGACUCAGCUGCAGAAGAGAGUGAAAGACCUGCAUGACUCGGUACUAACUAACACGUCAAUCCUUCACCCUACAACUAACGGAGAAUCCCACCAUGACCUUCACACACAGCUGCAGGCCAUCACUGGAUGGAAACAGGAAGUGGAGCAGAGCGAGAGAGAGCUGGCUGAACUUAGAGAAGAGACAGAGAGUCGAGAUCAGCCCUUGUCCCUCACACAGCAGAUCAGCACACUGGAGGCAGUAUUGGACAGUGUUUGGAGUGAUCUAGAGCAGCGCUGUGGAGUUGUGCAGUGGAGUCUAGAUGAGCAGAAGAUGAGUGAAAAAAUCCUGAAGGGUCUGCAGAUGCUCCUGACUAUUGGAAGAGAGAAACUCACCUGCACCUCUCAGCUGGAGCUCAGGAAUCCAGCACAACUACAGACACACCUCAACACACACACGGUGUUUUUCCUGUCUCUGGGUGCCCACCUGAGGAGAUUGCAGCAACUGAGUGUGCGGAUGCCAGACAGCGCCUCCUCUGGCUGGGAGACUGAAGUGUCGGAGGUGGAAAGUGAAGUAUCCAGUGUCCUGCAGCAGGCUCAGGCUGUCGGCACAGUGCUGCACACAUCACUGCAGGUUUGCACUAAGUGGGAUGAAAAUCAUUCCUGGUUAGAAACACUUCUGCAGAGGCUAGAGACUCAAGUUCCAGUAACACCUCUGCAGGACCAAACUGAGGAGCAGCUCAGCAAGAAUAUUUCUGUCCAUCAUAGUGUGUUGGCAGUUCUGGAGCAGAACAGAGCUCGGAUCAGUCUGGUUCUGGAUGAGGGCUGCAGACAGCAGGAGCAGAUUUCUAGUAGUGAAAUAGGUUCUCCUAUAUACAUAUUGGGUGUGUCUACAGCCAGACUGGAGCAGCGAUUGGCUGCACUUCAGAGGAAGUUGGAGCAAGGGCUACACUCCACUCUCCAUCUUAAGAAGCUUUGGAACAGGUACCAAAGCGAUUCAGAGGCUUUGAAUGAGUGGAUGGGACGAGCCAGAGAAUGCCUACAUACAUGGAGAGAUCACAUGACCACAGCUGAACAGGAAGUGGACACCCUCUCCCAUUUUCAGCACUUCACAGUGUUUGUGAAGGAGCUAGAGGUGAAAUCGGCCCUGAAGGCAUCAGUGAUCAGUUCUGGAUCUUUGAUCCUGUUGCUCAGUGAAAGAGAGCAGAACACUGAGACACAGAAGAUCAGCAGAACCACCAGUGCUCCAAGAUCUUCCACUCCCUCUGGAAAUACAACAACCUCUGAAGACCUACAGCCAAGUGAAACUAGCAACUGCACAUCUGUAGAUAUCACCCUUCCUUCAGAAACCAAUGUUUCUUCUAUUCAAAACAUCUCCUCAGAAGAAACCCUUUCUAUAACAGAAGGAUCAGAUGCAAACAUCACAAAUGAAGGUGCUGUCUUUGAGGAUCCAACCGCAUCUGCAUUUGAUUUAUCUGUAAAACAAGAGAUGGUUCUGUCCCCAGUUCUCCUGACUCUGCAGUCCCAGCUGUCUCAAGUGGAACAAGACUGGGUGGAGAUACAGACACUCAUUCCUGCCAUCCAACAGGGACUGCAUCAGAGUGUGGUGGAGAGCCUAUCUCCUGAAGGACUGCUGGCUGAUGUGUGUGGCUGGAUUACAGGGGCUGAGAGCAGGUUACAGGCGGCUGAACGAGAGGGUCACAACACCUGUACUGCUGCAGUGUUCACACACCUGCUCAGAACAUAUCAGGGGAUGAAGAGAGAGAUGGCAUGUCAGCAGAUGUCUGUUGACUUUAUUAAUCAGUGUGAGCUGAAGCAGGUCAGUUUUGACUCUCACACCAGCAGGUACAAACACACUGCAUUUGCUGAAAAUCUGGGACACGUCAAUCUGCGCUGGAAAACUCUACAGGCUCACCUGAACACACAGAUCCAACAUGCUGAAGAUCAGGUGAGGAUAUGUGCAGAGCGAGAUAGCAAACUACAAAUCCUGCAGCGCUGGGUCAAAGGUCAAAAACAAUGGAUGCGACUGGCUGAAAGACCCAUCAGUCGCUCAUUUGCUGAGAGGAGCCUGAAGGAUUGUGAAGAGCUGGGGGAAAAGUUGAAGUCUAAAUUCUCAGAACUUGCUGAGUUGAGGAAGAGGAGACUUACCACUGAUGAAGAAGACAGGGAUAAAGACUUCCUCUCAAAAGCUCACAAUCUUUCACAAUCUUUGACUGACCUCUCUCAACAGAGUACAGUCCUUGGGAAUACCUUGAAAGAGCUGUGUAAGGUGUGGGCUCAGUUUGAAAGUGGGAGGAGUCAGGCAAUUGUAAACACAAUGAGGAUCUGCCAAUCACUGGAGUACUGCCACGCCCCUCUGCCCUCCCUCUCUGCCCUCCAGAACAACAUUGAUAAGCUACAGGUCUUAAAAGCAGAGGCAAAGGAGAUUGACAGCCAGUGGGAGGAUCUUACCAAGACAACAGCAAUUCUUAUUGGUGAUCUAGAAAAAGAAAAAGCAAGGUGGUCAGAGGUGAAGGAAAAGGUCACAGAGGCCUUGCAGAGAUCACACAGUCUUCUGAAGGUGUGGCAGAAAUACUCUGAUGUGAGACGCUCCUGUUCAGAGCAGCUCCAACAUCUCAAAGAGCAGCUCAACACGCAUACCAAAACACCCCCUGACAAUAAACAACUCACACACAGCAUUGCAGAGCUGAAGACUGUAUUACAGAAAUGCUCAGAGACUCUACAGACUGAUGUGAAUGAAAUGCUUGAAGUGUCUAAGGAUCUGAUUGAACAGAUGGAUGAUGAGGAUGCAGUUUUCAUCCGAUCAGAAUGCCGUUUGUUAACACGAGGUUACCUGCAGUUAGAACAAACUCUGAAAGGAAGAAUUGAACACAUGCAGGAGGAUCUUGAGCAAUUUCAAGAAUUUGAAAGGUCAUUCCAGUCCCUCGAAACACAAUUACAGCAGUGGGAAAGCAAGCAAAGGAUGGACAGUGAACUCACAGAUAUAUCUCAGUCGGGUCUGAUGGAGGUCAGUUCUCUCUCUCCUGGUCUGGAUCUACUAAACACUCUCAGCUACAGGCUGACCCUCAGUGACCCCAUGACACAGAGGCUGCAGCACCUCAACAGGAAGUGGGCACAGGCCUCCGCACAUGCUCAGGAGAAAUGCAGUGAGUUGCAGGCAGCCUCUCUCCUGCAGCAGAGCUUUGAGCAGAGAUGUGAGAGCUGGCUGGCUUUCCUACAGCGCAUGGAGGACAGUUUGGCUGUAGAAAUUGCAUCAACUUACCCUGAACUAAGAGAACAACAACGAACACACCAGUGUUUUCAGGCUGAGUUGUCUUUAGGCCAUCAGAUUCUUCACUCUGUGAUCAGUGAAUCUCUCCUCCUGUUGCAGAAGGGAGAUGUGAAGGACAGGAGUGACUUCCUGUUAAAACUGGCACAGCUGAGAGAGCACUGGCAGGGAGCGGUGCAGAGAGCAUCUCAACGGCGCGCUCUAGUGGAAGGGCUUAUACAGCACUGGCUCCUUUAUACACACACAAUGCAGAAACUCUGCAAACUCCUCACACUCACACACACAAUCUUGUCGCCUGCCGGUCCCACACACUGUAGUGUCCUGCAGUUGCGCCUCUUGCUGGAAGAUCUGAAGCGAACAGAGCUAUUGUUUCAAAGGUCAGUCUCUGCAUAUCUGUGUGUGAUGGAGGUAGGCAGGCAGCUGUUCUCAGUGAGUGACACGCAGACGCAGAUGCAGCUGCAGACAGACCUGGCAGCCCUGCAGGAGGACUGGGAGCAAUGCCAGUGCAUGCUGGAAAAGAGAAAGACUCUCACAUCUGACAUCAUAAGGAAAUGGGAGACCUGUGAGACCAGGCUAGCUGAUCAGGCCCAGUGCCUGGAGGAGGUACAAGCCAGACUGAAGCAGUCGAUCCCAGAUCAGCAGGAGGAGAUGGAAGAGGAACGCCUCCUUGUGAAGGAGGUUCAGGAUUGUUUAGAGGACUGGGCCGUCAGUCUUUCGGAGCUCAGCACCAUGAAGACAGACCUGUCCCAGUACAUCCUAACCGAUGACGUCCUCCUCCUGCAGGAGCAAGUGGACCAUCUGCACUGCCAGUGGGAAGAGCUCUGCCUCAAAGUUUCUCUGCGUAAGCAGGAGAUUGCUGAUCGGCUGAAUGCCUGGAUAAUUUUUAAUGAGAAGAAUCGGGAGCUGUGUGAAUGGCUGACACAGAUGGAAAACAAGGUGGCACACAGUGCUGAGCUGAGCAUCGAGGAGAUGGUGGAGAAACUCAAGAAGGACUGUAUGGAGGAGAUCAACCUCUUCAGUGAGAAUAAGACACAUCUGAAACAGCUGGGUGAACAACUCAUCACUGCUAGCAACAAGACCAAAGAGACAGAAAUCAAUGACAAGAUCAAGGACAUCAACGACCGCUGGCAGCAUCUGUUUGAUCACAUUGAGGCCAGGGUGAGGAAGCUGAAGGAGACGCUGGUGACAGUGCAGCAGCUGGAUAAGAACAUGAGUAAUCUCCGUACCUGGCUUUCCUGCGUCGAGGGUGAGCUGGCCAAACCCAUCAUCUACAGCGUCUGCCACAGUGAUGAGAUACAGCGCAAACUAGCAGAGCAUCAGGACUUGCAGAGAGACAUCGAACAGCACACAGAGGGUGUGGCAUCUGUUCUGACCCUGUGUGAUGUUUUGCUGCAUGAUGCGGAUGCUUGUGGCAGCGAUGGAGAGAACGACUCCAUUCAGCAGACCACUCUCAGCCUGGACCGCCGCUGGAGGAACAUAUGUGCCAUGUCUAUGGAGAGGAGAAUGAGGAUUGAGGAGACAUGGCGUCUGUGGUGCAAGUUCCUGGAUGACUAUUCACGCUUUGAAGUGUGGCUGAGCACGGCAGAACGUACAGCAGCCAACCCUGCCACCAAAGAUGUACUCUACACCUGUGCUAAAGAGGAACUCAAAAAGUUUGAGGCAUUCCAGCGCCAGGUCCAUGAGCGCCUGACACAGCUGGAGCUGGUGAACAAACAAUACCGACGUCUGGCACGAGAGAACCGGACAGAUGGUGCCAGUAAGCUGAAGCUGAUGGUGCAUGAGGGAAACCAGCGCUGGGAUACGCUACAGAAGAGAGUGGCCGCUGUGCUCCGCAGGUUAAAGCACUUCACAUCCCAGCGUGAAGACUUUGAAGGAACAAGGGAGGGGAUUCUGGUCUGGCUGACUGAAAUGGACCUUCAGCUCACCAAUGUGGAGCAUUUUUCAGAGAGUGAUAUCCAUGAAAAGAUGCGUCAACUAAACGCAUUUCAGCAGGAGAUCACUCUAAACACAAAUAAGAUUGAUGCUCUGAUUGUAUUUGGAGAGAACCUGAUCCAGAAGAGUGCUCCACUGGACGCUGUACUCAUCGAAGAUGAACUAGAGGAGCUGCACUCUUACUGCCAGGAAGUGUUUGGCAGAGUCGCCCGAUUCCACCACCGUCUUAUCAGCAGACGCCCAGUGCUUGAGGAGGACAGAGAGUUCUCAGACAGAGACACAGAUCCGGAGGACUCGGCUGAUUUCAGUGGGGUGUCGGAGAGAGAACAGGAGGAGGAAGAGGAGGCUGCUAUGAGCUCUGAUGUUUCUCUGACAGUACGCCAGGCCGUAUCCCAGCUGUUGCCACCUGCUCUGGAGCGCUCAGGGCGUGAGACGCCCGUCAGUGUGGAUUCAAUCCCACUGGAAUGGGACCACACCGUCGAUGUGGGAGGAUCUUCAUCUCCAGAGGAUGAUGAGGAGUUGACGUUCUACAGCGCCCUAUCAGAUGUAGAAGUCACUGAGAGCUCUCAGUUAUUUUUUAAAGCUACAUCUAAAGCUCUGAAGGCUGUGUCCGGAGGAAGGUCAGUGGUGGAGACGUGGCACUCUCCUGAUGCGCCAGACAGGAAGCGAGCGAACAGAGAGAUUAUACGCAGUCUCACAUCCUCGCCCACAGACACCAGCGCUCCGUAUCACCCACAGGCCUAUGAUAAACUCAUGUCUGAGUGUGCUGGCAGUAUAGACAGUAUAAAGCGAGUGAAACUGAUUCUGAGCGAGGAAGAACAACUGGACGAUCAGGGUUUGACGGUCCUCUCCGCAGCAGAUAAGAUGGGUGUGAUCGAACGAUGGGAGCUCCUGCAGGUGCAGUCGUGCAGCAUGCCGCAGGAUCUUCAGCAGUGGCACAAACUCAACUCUGACCUCUCUGAUGUCAUGGCAUGGCUGAACGCUGUGAUGCCUGAGCUAGAGAAACUUCAAACUCUACAGCCAAAAAUCACCAUCAGAGACAUGGAGAGCAAUAUCCACAAACUAAAGGACAUGCAGAGGACUUUUAACGGCUACAAAUCAGUGAUGAUUGGUGUUAAUCUCAGUGGGCGGGGCUUCCAGCACGGAGACAGCACUGAGCUACGAGAACUGCGUGAGAAUCUGCAGUCAGCCAAUCAGAAAUGGGCACAGGCCCGUGUGGCCCUGGACAGCUGGGAACACCGACUGCAUCAAGCACUCAUGGAGUGUCAGGAGUUUCAUGAGACUCUUCACUCUCUGCUGCUGUGGUUAGCUAAAGCAGAAAGCCAGCGCUACAUGGUCAACAUCCAUGACCAAAACACAGACCUCAACAUCCUGCAAGAGCAUCAAGACACACUUAAGGCUGUUCAGCAGGACUUACAGUCUCGUGAGAGGGAGGUGUUCUGCCUGCAGGAGAUCUCCUCACAGAUCCUGCUACAGGACCAUGGAGAAGACACCCUGGAGGCCAAAGAGAAGGUUCACGUCAUCAGCAACAAGUUACGACUGCUGAUCAGACAAAUCGCACACGACCUGCACACACUGCAAAGCAGACUGGACUCUUCAGGUCAAGAUGUGGGCAGGACAGCACCAACACAACACCAGGAAGCCGCAGGAGUUGUUACACAGGGAUCUCCCGCGAGUGUCAGGGCUGAUAUGUCUAAUUCGUCCCCAGCGAGGCCGUUCCUAUAUCGUGUCCUGCGAGCGGCUUUCCCCCUCCACAUCCUCUUCCUGCUGCUGCUGGUUGUGGCGUGUCUGGUGCCUCUCUCAGAGGACGACUACAGCUGCACUCUCUCCAACAACUUUGCCCGAUCCUUUUACCCCAUGCUCCUCUACACCAACGGACCCCCACCCACAUGAAAAUGACCACACGUACCCUUCACUAACACACGGCCACAGCUCAAUCACUAGAGGAAAUAGGAUGUAGUCCAAGCCUCCUGGUUAACUCUCCUGAAGCAGAUCCUGUAGCUAUGUUUAAUCUGAGUGAAAGCCCUUGUGUUUGAGAUUCAAUAGAUUUUCCUGCAACAAUCAAAUCCUGUUCCUGGAUCUGAAGUCUGUUACACAGAGGGAGAGGGAUUUUUCUCAAGCAAUCCGAACCUUCUCUUCAGGAACCUUUCCUCAUGAUGUAUAUCUUAGAGAAUGACAAGGAUUCCUCAUCAAAGGUGCACUCAUUUUCUAACUGUAUAGUAUGUAGCAGCACAUCCAUUGAAACAUUGAAAUACUCCUUCACACAAAUGCAUUUAUUUUUGAAAUAUGAAUGAUACGUAAUUGAACCUAUAGCUCACUCAUAGGCUUUGAGUUGGCCUGUAUUUUUUAACUAGAAGUCCUGUUUAUAUGUCUGAGUGACGGGACUUGCUUAAAUAUCAGUUAUGUUCAUACAGUGUCAAAUUACUUGCAAUGAUGAAUAUAUUUUAUUUGUAGCUCUCUUAGCUGUCAUUUCUUGGUCAAAGCCAUGGAGGAGAGACAGAGAGAGGCAUCAGGGUGUGUGCAAAUGUAAUAGUCCUUUAAUUUAUUCAGCCUAAAGUUUGGUGGCUGUGUUGAUUUCGUGUGUGUGAAUAUUGUAAAACAACUGAAAUUAUUUAAUUAUAAUUGGUAACUGAUCUCAGUGGAGAUAUAAAUUAUAUCUGAUUAUGUUUUAUAGAUUAUAACUAGAAUUUUUCUGGUAGGAAAGUCUGGUGUCCAGAUGUGUUUGUGUCUGGUGUGUUUUUUGCUGAAUGGUUAAGGUGUCUCAUAGAAACACAUUUCAGAAGUAUCCACAUGAUUGUAUGUGGCUUUUUUAACCUACAGAAAGUCAGUUAUGAUGAUGAUGAUAAUAUAGUGAAAAGGCCAUUAGUCACGCUUUCACUCGUACUAACUGCCAAAGUGUCAGAGACUUUGUUUUCUAAUUCAUUACGGUUACUAAAAGAGUGCUGUUUGUCCUGUUGUUUGUUUAAUGUUUUUAAUUGAAUUGUUAUAGUAUGGAUUACAUUAUGGGUCUUCUGAAAUAGACUAUGAAAUAAAUAUCCAGUAAUCAAUCACAGAAAAAACAUUUACUUUAUUAUGAAUUUAUUUUGCAGCAAACCUUGCACUGCCAGUGUCAAACAAUGGUUGAAGAGAAUAUAAAGUUAGAUGUGAUGUUUGUUUUGAAGUCAAUU